UGUCAUUUAGUCGCGCGGUCGACUAAAAGAGACCUUCCCGGGCCGCUCUCUCGGCCCACUUCUGGUUAUGUUCAGGCCGUGUACUACUGUUCGUCGGGCCUCUAGAGAGGUGCAAUCCUUCCCCUACAGUAAGUCCCCCCCAGUCUGUCUGUGAUUAGUAACAGUUUAAUCCUGACGGACUGUUCUGCAUUGGAGGGGUCCGAUGAACUGAUGGAUUCUGGUCUGGAGAUGUCUCAGCAUUGCGUUGGAUGCGGACUCUGUUGCUGACUUGUGUUCUGGAGGCUGUUUUUAGUCGUGACACACCUUGGCUCAAAAAUGCGAUUUUACUCGCCAACUGUGCAAUUUUAGUCGCUGACAUGGCUCACCAAGUCGCGGUUUGUGGCGACGAGGCGCGCUGCUUAGUGUCGCGAUGACAUACGUAUCGCAGUAAGAGUAGGCGCGGUUUGUCGCGGUGGUUAGCCGGGGCCUUGAAGGUGCGUUUACCCGUCCCUGCUCGGUUUAUCGCGAUGUUCAGUUUUGCGGCUCCAGAAGGUGAGUUUACUCGCCGAUCUCCUCUUCUUGUUGCGAAGUGUGCUCGCCGAAACGUGCUCUCGAUCGCGUUGUUUCCGAAACCGGGAGGAGAAACCAGUCGCUGGUUUCGUGGUUCUUCAGGAGUGGCUUUACUCGCUAGGAUGCUUGUUUACUCGCACUUCAAAGUGCGAGUUUACUCGCCGGGAUGCUUAUCCAGUCGCGCUGUUUCGGGAGGAGGAUUCGGUCGCUGCCUUCGUGGUUCUCCAGGAGUGGCUUUACUCGCCAAGAGGCCUGCUUGGCCGCGACCCGUUUCGUUACUUCAGAAGGCGGGGCCUUUGAAGGCGAGUUUACUCGCUAGUCCGCUCCCUUGGUCGCAAUGUUCCUCUGACCCGUAAAGGGUGAGUUUACUCGCUGGGAUGCACGUAUGGUCGCGCUGCUUCGUGGUUCUCCAGGAGUGGCUUUACUCGCCAAGAGGCCUGCUUGGCCGCGACCCGUUUCGUUACUUCAGAAGGCGGGGCCUUUGAAGGCGAGUUUACUCGCUAGUCCGCUCCCUUGGUCGCGAUGUUCCUCUGACCCGUAAAGGGGCGAGUUUACUCGCUGGGAUGCACGUAUGGUCGCGCUGCCUCUGAAAUCGGGAGGAGGAUCCGGUCGCAGCUUUGGGGGCUACUUGAGGACGAUUUCUUCUCGCGAUCUUUCCGGUGGCUCCAAAAGGCAGAUUUACUCGCUUACCUUAGUUUUGGUCGUGACAAAUAGGUGAUGAAAACAUCUUCUCGGCUUUGUCGUUCUUCAGGAUGUAGAUUUAAUCAUCUGUUUGUGUUCGUCGAGUUGCGAUACUCCCUUGCAACUUCGAGGAUGGACUACUUGCUGAUCGUUCUCGCAGCUUACGGAGGAGAAGCAAAGAUGAACGCACUGGUCAUGCCUUCUUAACCGGAUGAGUUAGGCGACAGGGCAGACCGGGGGCCGGUUCACACCGGUUUGGUCUUGGUACGAUCCGAUUUGAUUUCUGCUGAUCCUAAUCCUCGAUUUGAUUGGGUGAUGUGACUGUUGCAAGUGAUGAAAGAGAGAUUACGGGCCUAAUUAAGGCCCAUUUAGGCCUAUUUAGACCUAAUAAUGAUGUUUUGGGAAUCGUGCUUCUUCCUUUGCUAUAAAUGGGUGGCUUCUCUUCACUUUUGUUAUUCUUCUCUGCUGUUUCAGGUAUUCCCUUUUCUCUCUCCCUUCUCUCUAACUUUGUUAGUCUUUCUCUCUCUAAGUCCCACCGGUAAGAUCUGGUGCUUCGGUUGGUCGUCAUGGCGUCGGGAAGGGGAUUAUCCCGCGAAGAGAAGGGAAAGGCUGCAGUCGGCUUUUCAGAUCCGAAGGCGAUCGAGUCGCCGAGCGGUUCGCCGGAAGGCGAUCCCGAUUCACUGCGUCGCAAUCCCGAUGCACUGCGCCGCGACACUUCGGAAGAUGCGAUGGAUGCGGCUUCUGGGAGGGAUUCGGCAGUUGUUGAUGCGCACGGGGGAGACAGUGGAGAGGGAGCGUUGGAGAACGCUGGUUCUUCUCGCGAAGUUGCCGGAAACGAUGGACUCGAGGCGCAGGCGCGGGCUUUCAGGGUUCCGAUUAAACGACUCCGAAAAGAGAGUGUGGAGCCUCCCGAGUACAAGCCUACACGUUAUAUCUCGGGCGAUCUUUUCGAGGAGCUUCCGGCGAUUUCUCGCGAUACUUUACGCGAUCCUGGAAUUGCAGGACAGUGUUGGACGAACGUGUUUCCCAGCUACUCUACGCACAGUAGCGUGAAACACUUGUUGAAGUCUUGCGGAGCUGCUGGAGUGACUUAUCUUAUUCCGUCGGUUAGGCAGAGACCUUGGUCACCGCCUGUGGGGUAUCAGUGUAUCUAUGAAUCCUACUUUGGUGUAGAUACGAAGUUAUGGUUCCCUAUCCCGCGCCUGAUUACAGCUUAUACGCUCCGUCGGGGAGUGGCAAUAACCCAGUUUCUGAAUGGAUCUUUCCGAAUUGCGGUUGCUUUAAUGGUUAUGGCCGCCGAAGCUAACAUCCCGAUGAGCGUUAGGACCUUUGAGGAGCUGACUUUCUUGAGGCCUAUGCCUCAUGGAACGCACUCAAUCAAGAUGCGUCCGUCCUACAAUGUUUUGACCGGACAUCCAAACAAGACAAAGGACUGGCAGCGAUACUACUUCUUUGUUAAGUCGGAUGAGCACGCGUUUGACGAACCGCCAAAGGAUGACUUCCCGGUCCUACUCUUACUGCGAUACGUAUGUCAUCGCGACACUAAGCAGCGCGCCUCGUCGCCACAAACCGCGACUUGGUGAGCCAUGUCAGCGACUAAAAUUGCACAGUUGGCGAGUAAAAUCGCAUUUUUGAGCCAAGGUGUGUCACGACUAAAAACAGCCUCCAGAACACAAGUCAGCAACAGAGUCCGCAUCCAACGCAAUGCUGAGACAUCUCCAGACCAGAAUCCAUCAGUUCAUCGGACCCCUCCAAUGCAGAACAGUCCGUCAGGAUUAAACUGUUACUAAUCACAGACAGACUGGGGGGGACUUACUGUAGGGGAAGGAUUGCACCUCUCUAGAGGCCCGACGAACAGUAGUACACGGCCUGAACAUAACCAGAAGUGGGCCGAGAGAGCGGCCCGGGAAGGUCUCUUUUAGUCGACCGCGCGACUAAAUGACAAAAGCCCAAUAAGCCGGCCAACCGACAUGAGCCCACCCGGACUAGCGGAUGUGAGGGCGAACUCGAGAAGAAGGUCUAUAAAAGGAAGAAAGGGGACAACGUAGAGGGGAUCCACACUUUUACACACUCACAAGGCGGCUAGAUCUAGGGUUUUACUCCUCUCUACCCGCUAUCUUGUAUCGUUUCCCGGCUAGCUCUUCGAGCUCUGCUUUGUCUUUCUCUUUACACUUACUCUGUAACUAGUUCCUGAGACCUUCAUCUAUAAAACGUCUUUGUUAGACCCACAGACGAGUUCUUCGUCUUCUCUUUACUAGUUUCGACCGAACUCGGUUCUAACAGGGAGGUACAUGCCAACUUCUUUGUGAGAAUCAGGAGCUUUCUCUUCUCGCAGUGCGCAGGAGCAAAUAACAAGCACAGAGAUUAUGGCAGCGAUAAGCACACCUGCGGCUACAGCAAAUGGGUAUUCAAUCCAAGAGUUCUGGGUGAGUGACUCAUUCAUUGUUGUUACUCUAUAGUAUUGUUUACUCACUAUCCACCUUGUGACGGAGACACUGCUGCAACCUCAUUUAACAAAUAUGUGGGCCGCUCUGGUAAACAAGGAGAUGAUUUUUUCCGGAAACCACAGAUCAGCGGUGUGAAGAUAUUGUAGAGAAGGUGGCGUCUUUGAGUUCUAGGCUAAGGACAGAUAAAGGUCUUCAGGAGAUCUCUAAGCUGCGGUCGAAGCUUCCCAUUACAUCUUUUAGAGACGCAAUUUUACAUCUGCUGUUGAAUCCAACCAGGUUAUUAUCAUCUCUGGUGAAACUGGUUGCGGGAAAACUACUCAGGUGAUUGUUACUCCUUGUCUCUUUGUAACUAUGUAGUAGAACCAUCGCCCUAACUAUUUUAGUUAAUCACCCCCCUGGAUUGAGUGCCAAGCUGUCAACUUUAAAUAUUAGAAAAUGUAUAUUGUGUUAUAAGAUUUAGCUCAGUUUGAGUCAGGGAUGUGAGAUUAGCCAAAUAGGUUUAAAAGCUCUUCCUUUUGAUGAUACCUGGCUGAAUCUUGUGGCUGAUAAGAGAAGAGUUUAUCGCCGAUGCCUGACUCGCUGAGAAACUAAUUCCAGAAUGAGGCGUGAUAUCCAUUGAAAUGUUCAUCCUUGAUAAGCUUAGCAUAUAGAAGUUGAUCAGCUCAAUUUGGUGAGGUAGGAGACCUAGCUGGGAGGCAAAUUCGUUCAGGAACAUGUUCCAGCACCAUAUCUGGUCUGCAGCAAUCUGGAAGAACGAGAAAUAAACACCAAUGUAUUCAACUCACCUGAUAUUGCUACUCUGAUAGUCUAAUGUCAAAUCAAAAUGAGAAUAUUUAACGUCUUACCUGAAAUAAAGGGAGACAAAGGUGGCUUCGUUAAGCCAUCAGGAAGUGCGCCAUUACUAGGUUGUGUUGGAGCAAUAUCUACCAAGACUGCUCCGGGAGACUGAACGUUAGACGGUUUGGAGAUGAACAGAAGCAACCAACGGACUAUAACGGGGAGGAGUGUUGAGAAGAUUUACAAGGUGGAGUUUGAGAACGGCAAGAGACGUUGCUGUCAAGAAGAUUUUCUGGAAAGAUGAUCUCAUAUUGGACAAAAGCUUCAACAGAGAAGCUAAGAUGCUUGGAAAGGUUAAACUUAGACAUCCUGGUAAGUCGAUGGGUUAUUGCUGCAGCAAGUCUGAAGGAUUAUAUCUGACUAAAAGGGGUCUGAUGCAUUUGUGGAUGUUAUACUUGAUCAAGAAUGGAUGUCUUACUUAUAGAAAAUCUAGCGGAGGUUUCAGUCUUAAUGAUAGAAACCAACUCAACAUGUUGUACUUGAAAGGUUUCUGGUUGCAAGAACAUUAUGGAGUCGUUAAGUUAAAAAACGUCAUUUCAUUGUUAAGUACGAGGAUGAUACCUGGAUACAUCAGCUCUUUGAACAGAACUUAGUUACAGAGAUUGUCUUUGGAGAGCAGGAUGCUCGCAGAGAUUCCAGAGUUUGCAUAACUUGCCUACGGCAGCUUCUUAUAAA